UGAGUGCUAUAUGUAAUAUAAAAUAUAAUUAAUGCUGUGUAAAAGAUAUAAAAUAAUUAAUUGGAUAUCGUCAUAAAAAGAUGUGCUCAAUUUGUGCUCACUGAGUACAAAAUUUCCUUCGAUACAUCACAAUUCAAAAAUUAUCGAUUAUGACUGUGACAUUUUUUAUUCAUCAUAUUAUAAGCUACAUUGUUAAGCCUAUUGCACAAUGAAAAGCACAAGCAAUAAGAACGGAAUAACAACAGGUAAUAGAUUUUAGAACUUCUGAUUGAUUCGCAGAUAUUUCUCGUUCUGAUUGGUUGAAAUGUAUUACUUGUUGUUAUUCCCUGUUCUUAUUGCCUGUGCUUUUCAUUGUGCAAUAGGCUUUACAGUCGCAAUGAGUCGAGUAGCGAGUAGCAUGCGUCGGUCGAGAAAUCGAUCUCUUGAUCUUUCGAUUCUCGCAAGCAGUCUUGAUACAUAUGUGUAUGUACGCUUAACUUUGUUCGUUCGUGCCGAUAAGAGCUCCCUUCUGUAAGAUAUCUUUAAGAUAGAGUUGCGCGCGCCACGGCUACUUGCUCAGGCAUUGGUCGCUUGAGAUGAAAUCAUUGGCUGUAAGAGAUCGCGCCACAGCGUUACCGGUGAGUAACGCUAUGGGCAUGGAUGCAACAUGACGCGUUUCGGCAUUCGUUAGACCGCUGCUAUGGUGAUCACACGUUUCACAAAGCAGUACUCGUUGACGCCAGCACGAAAUCAAAGGUGCAAAGAGGACAGACGACCCUCUCGCAGAAAGUAGUAUUCUUGGCAUCAGCACGGGAUCAAAGGUGCGGGAAGGACAGACGACUCUCUCGCAGAAAACAGUAUUCCUGAGCACCAGCACGGGAUCAAAGGUGCAAAGAGGACAGACGACCCUCUCGAAGAAAGUAGUAUUCUCGGCGCCAGCACGGAAUCAAAGGCGCGAGAACGACAGACAUCCCUCUCGUAAAACGCAGAAAUUCUGAGCAACAGCGCGAGGUCGCAGGCCAGAAGAAGACUCAACAGCAAUUGAACAUACGAUUCAGGAUUUCGAUCCAGGUUAGUAAGCCCCAGUUCCUACAUUCAAUCCUCGUGCAAGCAAUUAUAACCUUAAUUCACAAUCUCCAUUCCUAUCUAAAGUUAACUUUAAUCAUAACUUCAAUUACAUCGUAUUUGGCACAAGAGCAAACAAGCAAAUAAAACAUGGAUGAAAAAUUAACUGUGAAACGACUUAUAUUAAAGAGACAGCUAACCAAUUUUUUCAAUUACGCCAGAAUAUGCGAGGGUGAGUUUUCACGGUUACAAGAGCAUUAUGAUCGAGCACCUAGUAUUUGGCGACAAUUCGAAGAAGUGCAUCAAGAAAUGGAGUACGCCCUCCACGACGAGGGAACUCAGCAAGCCAUCGAAGAACACGCACAAAUCAAGGAAAAAUGCGAAAGCAUGUAUUACGAAGCUUUGGCUACAGCACAAGCAAAAUUAAAAACGUUAAAUAUUCAGCAAAACGAGCAAGCAGAAGACACGUUGAAAUUAAAACUUCUCUUAUUAACGAUUCAACCUUUCCACGGAGAAUAUGAUAAAUGGCUGACAUUCAAAGACGCAUUCUUACAGAGCGUCCACAGUAAAAAUCUCCCCGCUAAUCAGAAAUUUCAGGUACUUCAAAAUCUGUUAAGGGACAAAGCACUCGAGGUUAUCGCGGACCUUGAAGCCUCGGAUGCUAAUUACGCCAUUGCAUGGGAGUUGCUAAGAAAGCGAUAUGAAAAUAGGAGAUUGAUAAUCAACACGCACGUGAAAGCAUUAUUUGAAUUAACGCCUAUAACCAAAUCAAAUCACAUCAGCUUCAGGAAUAUGGUCGACGACGUGCGAACUCACAUUCGUUCUCUCCAAGCUUUGAGACAGCCAGUAGAACAUUGGGAUACUGUGGUCAUAUAUUUGAUGACUAGCAAAUUCGACAACUCAACGAAAGAGGAAUGGGAAAAGGAAAUCAGCCAAAAACAGCAUAAUCAAAUGCCUACGUUAGAAGAAAUGCUGACUUUUUUGGAUAAGCGUUGUUUGAUGCUGGAGAAGACAAAUAAAAGUAAAUCGCAAACAGAGUCAUCGAUGGGAAAGAAAACGGACAAGAAAGUAAUGUUGACAACAACCACAACGACGUGCCCACUCCCACUGAAGAAGAGCCAACAUCCAUUGCCUAGGUCAGUUAACAUUCUAAUAAAGUUCUUUGAAUCUAUUUGUAUCAGUAACGAUUCUGCCAUUAUCGCAUCAGGACCUGAUAUUUUAUUACCCUGGCUCUCAUUGUUCCUCGUCUAUGGGGAUCUGUUUGUUGCUACUUAUUGUGAGUAUAUCUGUGAUCACGAUGAUGAAAUAUGGCUGACAGAUGACGAAGCCAUCCUCUCUGAUCUCAUCAUUCUAAGCCCACAUAAAGAGGGUUACAAAUUUUAUAGACAAGAUAUCAAAGCUACAUGUCAUUUAAUUAUGAUAUCAAUAAAUAAAACUUUCUCUGAAAAUAUGAGGGACACACAAUUGAAUACAUAUAUAAAAAAGCGCUUAUCAGCGGUUUAUAGUACUUUAGGGUGUCGUAUUGGGAAGAUAAAAGUACAUCAGAAUUUCUUUUCUAAAAUUUCGAGUGUACUCAGAACUCUACCAAAGUUACGACAUGCCAUGUUUUUUAUGUUAAAGUACAAUCAAAAUAUACCAGAGUUUGCGACUGGGAUAAAGUUACUUGCAUACUCUGGAAUGAGAACCGUAACAUGCAUGAGCAACUUUAUAGACUUGCGAUUAGAUCAAAGAACCCUCGCACAUUCUGACCCACAAAUAAUGGAAGAAAUAAAACUCUUUAUUGACACUGUCAACAAGAAGAAAGCUGAGCUCGGAGAGCUAUAUCCAUAUAUGAGAGUAUUGGAUCUAGAAGAUAAAGAUCUCAAUCUAAACAGAUUCCCGAACUUAGCAGUUGCUUCUGUCCAUUAUUAUAAAACUUUUGGUGCAGAGACGUUUCAACAGCUAAUUACCCCUAAUAUGAAUGUAACAGUGUCAAACCUAAUAGAAAAGGCAAUAACACUUGAUGCCAGAUAUACUUACGAAGAUAUUGAAUAUACAGAUAAUCAGAAAAAGGUAGCAGAAAUGAUUGGUCUUGAUCUAAACAAGUUGAAAGAAUGGAAAGCAAAUAAGAGAGCAAUGAGAGAGAGAAUGGAGAACAAUGAGAGAAAUGAGUAAGUCUCCUGAAGAACAGUGGAGGCAAAUGUUAUCUCAAAGAAGUUCAAUUCUCCCAAGCACUUCAAGAAACUAAUUGAUUAUAAAAAAUCAGGACAAGUCAAUAUGCGUUUUACUCUUGCUUUAAUAUCAUACUUAUUUUAGUGUUUCUAUUAUUUGUAAAAUUCAGAUAUGUUACUUAUAUUUUAAAUUAUACAAAAUUCUUAUUUUUAUCAUUUUACUCCAAUAGCAUUAAGGUCAUCAUUAUUAUUUGAAAUUUCAAAUUAUGAGUGGAUAGAUUACUUAAGUUAUAUAAAAUUUUAUUGUUUAAGUAUGAUUUUACAUAAUUUUCUCAUAAGACAUUUUCAAUUAUAUAGAUAUAUUGAUAUUGACUUUUAUUUUCACGAAUAAUAAUUUAAGGAAAAAAUCAAAAUUCAGAGUAGCAGGCAAUUCUAGCAACUCAGAAGAUUGAAUGGAAAUUUUUGCCCUGAAGAUCACCUCAUUUCGAGGAUUUGUGAGAGGCGGUAAGAUCGAGCAAAAAACAUAUACUGUAACCAAAGGAUUGACUUACACUUUUGAAGAGUAUAACAUUCUACUAAAAUUGAAUCAGUUUUUAAAUUCGAGACUUAUGCCUAUUCCUUCAGAUCCUAACGAUAUUUUUAGCCUUUCUCCUUCUCAGUUCUUAAUUGGGGCCUUACUUUCACAGCCUGUUUCGAAAAAUUACAUUGAUAUUCCAGACAAUCACUUGUCGAGAUGGCAACACAUUCUGAAAUUGAAACAGCACUUUUGGCACAGAUGGCAGAAAGAGUAUCUCCAUCAUCUUCAAAACCAAACCAAGUGGACCACGGAGGUGGAAAAUUUAAAGACUGACACAGUCGUAUUAUUAGCAGAAGAAAACCAGACUCCUCUGCAGUGGAUCUUGGGCCGAGUUGUGAAGGUCUAUCCAGGAACGGACGGCGUGGUGCGAGUCGCAGAUGUCAAAACAUCGCACGGACAAUUUCGAAAAAGUUAAAAAAACUUUGCACUUUACCAUGUGACGAUUAAUUACCGAGAGUCUCCUUUCUUUGUUGUUUGUUAUAGUACAUUGUUCAUGCGAGAGUUUAAUGUCUAGGAAGCGAUCUAGGAAGAUAAGGUCUAAUUUUGUUUAUUAUUUUAAUUUAGUUUAUUACUUUAAGUUAGUUUGGUUUACCUAAACCAGAGUUUAUUCUUAUAUUCAUAACUCAAUAUAAUAUCUUUCUUCGUUUUGAUCAUUCCAUUUAGUUUGAAAAUUUAGAUUUCAAGGCGGCCAGGAUGUUAGAGCCGCAUUGAGUCGAGUAGCGAGCAACCGCACGUCGGUCGAAAAAUCGAUUUCUUGAUCUUUUGAUUUUCGCAAGCAGUCUUAAUAUAUAUGUACGCUUAACUUUGUUCGUUCAGAUGAGAGCUCUCUUUUAAUAAACCGUAAGAGCAUCAAA